AUGGAUACAGCUUCUGUUGAGAAGCCCAACUCAGGGGCCAACGCUGACAUCCUCAAGGUUGCCAGACAGAUCCAGCACCUGGCACAUUUUUUGACCCGAGGGCCUCCGAUCCCAGGCCUUAGUGUAUCAGAUAAGGAUCUCAAAAUGGCCCGAAUCCUCAGCCCGGUCACAGAAAUCACAUCUCACCGCCGUCGUUCAGAUUUGGAGUUUCCCCGAGAGUGGGUUGAAGAUGAUGGUGCCCUAGCUAUUGUGCUUCGUGACUGGAGACGAGAUAUUGACCCUACCAAACUGGGUAAUACACCUGCGCUGGUAGAAACACCAGCGCAAGCCACAGAUACCCUGACAGAUGCUGAAAACGCAGAGGCUGACCUUGAGGCUUAUGCGAAUAUGUCGUUCUUGUCAUAUUCUGCUGAACGAGAAGCGCACUGGAUCGCGAAGACGAAAGGGCUCGAGAAGAAGCUGCGGCGAUCCGAGCAAGAGAAGGGGUCUCUUAUCCGGGAAAAUAUCAAGUUGCGGCGCGACGUAGAAGUGAUUCAGCGCAAGGCAGACCUCUUCCAUACAGCACUUUUCGACCCAAAAAAGAGAAUCCACGAGUCCAACUUGAAGGUCAAGGUCAAGCUCCAUGGGGAGAUUCGCCAACUCGAAAGAUCACUUGACACAACCAACAGCAAGAAUGAGUCCCUGGCCAAGAAGAACGAGGACUUGGAGUCAUGUAACAAGACUCUCGUCACUGAGAACGAAGAACUUGUUAAGAGGACUGAAAAGCUGGAGUUGAGUAACUAUGAUCUUGUUACCGAGAAUGGGGAACUUUUUGCGGAGCUCAAGGACCUAGAUUCAGAUAACACAGAGCUUAUCAAUAUGGUACAGGAACACCUCAACAAACACGCACUUUCGCGAGAAGCGACCAAGACUUACGAGGAGAACCUCAUUGCAGAGAAGCAGGCUUUAGAGAGCAAGAAUGAGGCCCUCGUGAAGAAAGUUGAAGCUCAGAAGAUCGACAACAAGUCCUGUGCCGCCCAGGCUAAGAAGCUCAGGGAGAGAUAUGAGCUAUCUGUGAUGGUGACAAAGGUUGUUAAGGAGCGCCUUGAAGAACUCAUUGCAAAGGUCAAUGACCUUGAUAGCAGUAAGUUUUUCCUGGCAGCUCAUAAUAACGACCUUUCGAUGAGAAAUGCAGCUCUUGGUCAUAAAAGCAAGCAACUUGAAGAAAGCCUCGACAAGAUUGUCAUGGAUGCGAAAGGCGAGCUCCAGGCUCAGUGA